UCUUCAUUCGUCAAGAUUUUUGCCAAACCAAAGGUUGCGUGCAGGCAGGAUUAAAGAAUUUUUUUUCCGUAAAAAUCUAACUUAAUUCCGGCAAUAGUUUUCGCAACGGAACAAAACGUAAACACUAAUUAAAUUAGCCACCCUUGUAUUUGUGAUAGUUUUGUAUGACUAAUAUUAACCUACUUCAGCUAUUGAGCAACGCCGGUAAGCACCUGAUAACGUUAUCCGUCCGGAACCAGCAGCUACAUUUCGGGUCAUUCUCAGCAUCAACGACUCUUUGUAAUCGAUUCAUUAACCGCAGUAGUGUUGGUGCUUCCGUCAAGCGUACGUUGCCCUCUUUAUCAGUCGUUAGGAGACUCGGUGCAGAUAGGUGCAGUGCGAUCAGCAGAAGUAAAAUGAGCGGGGAUUCGGCGAAACCAAAAGUUGUGUUCGUACUGGGAGCCCCGGGAUCCGGUAAGGGAACCCAGUGCGAAAAAAUAGUGCAGCAUUAUGGCUACACACAUCUGUCUGCCGGAGAUCUGCUGCGGGAGGAGCGUAAUCGGGUCGGUUCCGAAUAUGGGUCGCUUAUCGAGGACAACAUAAAAAACGGACGGAUUGUUCCUGUGGAAAUAACCUGCGCGCUGCUCGAAAACGCCAUGAAAAAGGCUCAGCAGUCUACGGGCAAGGACAAAUUUCUCAUCGACGGGUUCCCUCGGAACGAGGAUAACUUGCAAGGCUGGAACCGCAAGAUGUCCGACAAAGUCCAAAUACAGUUUGUUCUGUUCUUUGAGUGUUCCGAAGAUCAGUGCAUUCAGCGUUGCUUAAAGCGGGGUGAGAGCAGCGGUCGUUCAGAUGAUAAUCUGGAGAGUUUGAAAAAGCGCUUCAACACCUACCUGAACGAUACGAUGCCCAUUGUUGAACAUUAUAAGAAGCUAGACUUAGUGAGAGCCAUCGACGCAAUCGCCGGACCGAAUGAAGUAUUUGAAAAAGUAAAAAUCACGUUCGACGGUGCUAAUUAGAGUAGCGAAUUUGAAGUCACGCUAGAUACAGGUGAACAACAGAACACAGAUCCAUAGAGGCACAAUAUUUUAAUGUUACUGCUGAACUAUAUAAUGAAUAUUACUACUAUAACUAAAACAGUUGUUUCAAAUCAUUCCGUUAAAUACAAAAGGCGUUUUCGAAGAGGUGCUGCGGAACGAAAAUAAAAUUUACAACGGAACGACCUACGAAAACGCCUAAACUGAAUAUUUUUGCAUGACACUUAUGUAGAAGAAAAAUAGUGCUACAACAAUAAUACCCAAUAGAUCAAUUAACACACGGCACUCUGGAAUAUGCAAGAAUAUGGUUGUUUAUCUUGAAACUCGACUCGUUAUCACCAAAGGCGUGGGAGCCAUUUAAAUAAGGUUUAAGGAAUACAAAAAAGGUUGUUCACCUGAAUGAAAAAGCAUGUUGGUACUAUUAUAAGUGUUCAUUAGGCUGAUAUGUGUGAGUAAUGGAAUCUAAACAAAUUAAUAGUCAAAUAAAACCAACGUCGAAUGAAAGAUUA